UUACUGGAAGGAAAGUCUGUCAACACUGUCAUACCUGCCUUCGAAAGGUGAAGGUGGUAAAGUAGUAAAAAUGAAAGUAAGUCGACAUUAUACAUAUGUACAGUCUGAGUCUCAGUUACAACCUUGUAUAGGGCAUGUUUAAAAGUUCCCAGAGUUGUUAGAAAUGGCAGACGGCUGUGGGCAAAACAUACAAGGUGAAGGGUACCAGCAUGCCGUGUUUUUUGAAGCGGAACAUCUGAAGAAAAAAGAAAAAAAGAAGAUACAGAAUUUCUUUAGAAUCAAGAGAAAUGGGGGAGGAGAAUGUGGAGAUGUGGAGGAGGUGGGAGAGAAGACCUACAGGAUUGCCUUCCUGGAGAAAAGGGUCCAGGAGAGAGUGUUGGAGAGAAGAGACCAUGUGAUCCCCCUGCCAGGUGGUGAGCUGUGUGUCUCAGUGAGAGACAGACGGUCUCCUGACUCCACAGAUCCACAUCAACCUCCACAGCUGCCCUCGGACGACCAGCAGACCCCAUCUAGCAGUAAGGAGCUAGAGAAGGUGUUCAUCAUGGACCAAUACCUCCUCCAGUACCUCAGGGACUGUCCCAAGGCAAACCAGGCUCUGAACAAACAGCUCAUCGCCCUCAAAUCCUCCGUCCAGCUCUCCCCCGAGACAGAGCAGGCUGUGGUGAAGUUUGAGGCUUCUGGGGCGGGGCCAGUUGCCAGGCCAACGCUACUUGAAUGGGUUCUGCAGGUGGAGCAGAUUUUUGACAAUGUGAAGAAUGUCUAUCGUCCCCACUAUGAGAUGGACUCAGCUGGAGUGAAGAUCUUAAAGUUGAACAUUGCUGUCCUGGUGACUGAAGAUGUGAAGGUGUAUUUGGAAGAAGAUGACUUUGCUGUGGUGGUGGGGAGAAACGUGAACGAGAAGCUGAAGAUGCUGGAGGAGAAGAACCAAACAAGGAAGGAUUGCCCAGUGUCAGAGAGACAGUACUACUUGGUGAAGGAGGAGCUUGAGAAGGAACUGAGGGUCCUCAGCCCCGGAGUGAAAAUCUCCCAAAAUGGACCCAACAAUCUCAUCCUCGAGGGACCCAACCAGGAAGUUCAGCUGGGAUUGACAAAACUACAAGAGCUGUUAAAAGAUAUAAAAGAAAAAAGAUUUCAGCUUCUCAACACUCUGUUAGACUUCCUGGUGUCCAGUGGUUCUGUCUCCAGAUUCCAGGCCCGCUUUGAGCGAAGCCUGUGCUGCCCAGUUGCUCUGGAGAUUGGGUCGGACCUAAUCCUGUCCAGCUUGUCAACAGACGCACUGGAAGAAGCUGCAACCAUGGUUUUUAAGGAAUUGUGCUGGUUCACUGAGCCACUAGAGGAACCUUUGGGCCAACCUCCAGCACUGGACUGGCUGAAGGAAGCCCUAAGAAAAGUCCAGGGUGAGGCCAAUGUCACAGGCUCCAGGGUGGUGGUCAAAUACCAGCAAGGAUCCUGUGGAGACCCCAGGACCAGAGUGCAGCUGGUGGGCUACAGUGAGGAGGUGGGGAGGCUCAAGAAGGUAAUAGUGGACUACCAGGCUGAAGUCCAUGAAAGCAUGCCUCUGCCUCUUCUAGAAAUGGUUGACUCAUUUGAUAAAGUCAAAGACCUGAUGGGUCUAAAUCUAAACCCGGGUGUUCGACUAACAUUGUCUCACUCCCCGGUUCCUUGCGUGAAGCUGUCUGGACCCCGGUGUCUUGUUCAGAAAGUCUUGGAAGACUUCAAAACCAUUCUGGACUGCAUGACCUGGAAAAAGGUGAUCCUGGAGGGGCAAGGGGCUUCACUGUAUUGCCUUGGGGAGGGGAAGGGGGACCUGGAGCAGGUGGAGCGUGAAUUUCAAGUCCUCAUAUGGCCCCAGCAGGAGAGACGAAGUCGGUUAGAAGCAGCGAUCCGUCGGGCUGGAAUUGCAGCCAGUUCCACUAGGGGGAGCAGUCCUGAUCAAGCUCCCACAAGUUCCCCUCUCAGCCAUGCAGACUUGGAGGUUGUGUUGGGCAGUCUGGAAAAACAGCAGGUGGAUGGUCUGGUUGCACCAAUGGUCAACACACAACUGCAAUCCUGUGUGUUGGGCAUCUGUUUGAAUUCUCUAUCAAGCGAAUUCCUGACCAACUUUGACCGAGCAGCAGCAGGGCGGUGCCUUGUCCCUGGGGAGGUCUUGGAGGUGAAGCUGUCUUCGUCCCUGAAAAGCAGCACAGUCUUCUUCAUAGAGUGCCUGCCCUGGGACGCAGAAGAGGGGCAGAGCGAGAAGGCACUGCGUAGUGGACUGGCCCUGGUUCUGGAUAUGUGCAGGCAGCAGGGCCUGAGUUCUGUGGCUCUGCCCGUGAUCGGACCUGGGAGAGCUCUCAAGUUCCCUUCAUGUGAGGCAGCACGUAUUGUGACAGAAGAGAUUAUAAAGUUGGGGUGGUCAGGAUCUACAGGAUUAAUCUCAACCAUCCGCAUCGUGAUCAAGCCUGGGUACCCUGACUCUGAUGAGAACUUUCAGCAUGUCUACACGGGACUCACAUCCAAAAUUGUGAACUGGAGAGGAAAAGCGGUCUUCAGCUCAUUGACCUCUGACUUGGAUACGAUCACCCUGGAGGUCGCGGGUGUCCGAGUGCAGCUGGUAUUUGGUGACAUCACCAAAGAGACAACAGAUGUAGUUGUAAACUCUACCAACUUUGUUGACCUACAGUCAGGCGUAUGCAAGGACAUCCUGACUGUGGCCGGACCUAAGGUGGAGACUGAACUGAGAUCAGCCCAUGUGAACAGAGGAGGGUUGUAUGAGACCAAGCACGGUCGAUUCCCCUGCAAGUCCAUUCUGCACGUGUGGGGACAGAGCAACACCACCGUGAUCCAAGGCCUGGUCAGUGACAUCAUGAAGACAUGUGACCAGAAAGGAUACCAGUCAGUGGCCAUCCCUGCUAUCAGUGCAGGUAAGGCAGGGCUAGACCAUAAGCUGGUGGCAGACAGCAUUCUCCAGGGAGUCAAGGCAACGGCAUCCUCCACUCCUCUCCACCACCUCAAACUGGUUCGCCUCGUCCUCAUCAAGAUGGACGUUUUCCUGGCAUUCAAAGGUUCCGCUGAGAAGCUCUUUCCCUCAGGGUUUCUCAAAACAGCUCUCCUGUCUCUGUCCUCCAAUAGCCCAAGAUCACUUCAGCCCAAUCCUCCAUCCUCCACAGACCCAGACCUGAGCAGCCUUCUGCCCACAAGCAGCUCCCCAGACUCCCCAUCUGAGGUCCUUGUGCUGGGCCUGUGUGACGAGGAUGUGUCCAAGGCAGGUGCAGAGAUCAAGAGACUCUACCAGGACCAGUGCAGCCAACACAGCUUCACGAGGGAAGACCUAGCUAGGCUCACUCAGGCUGAGCUAAUCGAGCUGAGCAGGCAGGUGUCAUCUCUGAACCUGACCAUGAAGCUCCAGGGUGGGGGUCAGGGUCAGUCUACCCAGGGAGGAUUCACCCUGAGUGGGCCAAAGGAUGGAGUGAAUAAGGCAGUCCAGAAGGUCCAGGGGUAUAUCCACAGUUGUCUGCGCCAGAAGAUGAGGCAGAAGGAGCAGGAGGAGGCGUACUCCCGCGUGACCUGGUGCAUGAUGGGAACCAGUGGUGACUGGGAGAGGGUCCCAAAGGAGGCCAACCUCCAGCUAGAGAAGCAGGAGGUGCAGGGUGGAGUGGUGGAUGGGCUGGGGGUAAACUGGGUGGUGGAUUUGAGGAAGAUGGAGGCCACUGCCCAGAGUUCAGGCAGGGUGACUAAGCUGAAACGUCUGGAGAACUUUGAAAAUUUCUUGCUCCCUCUGGAGUGGGACAGCAUGGCUCUGGGAGAGUCCCUGAAGCUGGUAGAGCUGCCCACCUCCUCUCUAGAGUUCCACAGGGUGACAGAGGACUUCAGGAGGUCCGCCUCCAACAAGACUGUGCUCAAAAUUGAACGCGUUCAGAACGUACACUUGCGGAAGGCCUACGAGGUGAAAAAAAAACAGAUGGAGGAUAAGAACAGGCUGUGCGGAGGCGCGGGCGAGAAGCUGCUGUACCACGGUACCACACCUGAGGGAAGCCAGUCCAUCCUGGAGACUGGCUUUAACAGGAGCUUCGCUGGUCAGAACGCCACUUCUUUUGGAAAAGGGACAUACUUUGCUGUGAAUGCUAGCCGGUCCGCUAACCCCACCUACUCACGGCCAGACCAGGACGGCAACCAGCUGAUGUUUGUGGCCAGGGUCCUGACAGGGCAGUACACGCAAGGCAAGGCAAACAUGAUUAUCCCUCCGCCCCGCUCCCCCCAGCUGCCCAACGACCGCUACGACAGCCUGGUAGACGACAUACAAAACCCCACCAUGUUUAUCGUCUUUCACGACGACCAGGCCUACCCCGAAUACCUUAUUACCUUUAAACAAGGUUGUAGUUUGUAGUGUAAUACUGCAGUAGUAGCCAGGAAAGCUACUUGUAUAAGACUAGUAGUACUGGGAAGGAUAUUAUGGGUUGUAAGGGUCGUAAUGACAGAUUUACUAUAGCCUAUUAAAAUAGACUACUGUUGCAUUCUGCUCUGAUUAAAUCACAUCUGUCUUCUUCAUCAUGCCUCAAAAAAGAGAGAGUCUGAUAGUAGCCUGCCAGUGUGUGUCUGCACUGGUCAGCAUUUUUGUUUAGUGCACUUUACUCUCUUUUCAAUCAGCUGGAUGUCUAACACUUACAAACCCAGAACAUGAACAUAAAGUCUGACCCUGUAUUUGAAUGGAGACACAAAAUGGACAACAAUUGCACUACACACUUCUGAUACUUGAUUUUCCGCUGUAUUUGCUAUGUGUAAGUCACUUUGGACAAAAUCAUCAUAAAUGUAAUAUAAAUUAAACAAGGACAAAUGAAAGGUACUGGUUUAUAUUCACUUACAGACAGGAAAGUGAACAGUGAACACAACUGAACUAGGAGUGAAGAAAGCAAAGUGAGAACUUGAAGCAGUGUACAUUACAAAAAUGUUAUUGCACAAAGUAAAAUGUUAGUCAAACAAGCUGUCAUUGCCUUUAGGUGAGUUGGGGUCACCUAUGGGUGACUGAGGGGUGGGAUUUCGCAGAUCUGCACCAGGAGAAAGAGGGUGCAGG